UAUUUUCACAUGCCAAAUGUCAAUAAGCAACGCAUCAAAUACCAAGUGAUUUUCGGAGAAGUUUAUUUAAAUUAUCAGUGGUAAAUUUACUUAUGUAAUCAUGCCGACGGCUUCAAGGAAAAUAGACCCGAAGGACAAACAGAGGGGCUCCAGACAGAACCUUAAUUCCUCGUCAGACCAGAAUGUCAAGGUCGUGAGAAUGGAUAUAGAAGAAAGUAGGAGUAAAAUGACACCUCGAAUCCGUCGGAAUAUGGAAAGAGUGGAGAUGUUAGCUCGGCCGAACUCCCGUCGACUCCGCUCCUUGUGGGACGAGAAAUGUGCCAUACUACCCCGUGACCGAAGAGACAAGAUCAAGAGCGCUUUGGAGGAGGACUACUUCUUGAGUCCUGAACAAACUGAGCAAUAUUUCCAAGCGUUUUACGAGUCAUCGAAACGAUGGUCUGGACCGGGUGGUAUGGUCAGCCGCAAGGAACACGCUGACAGAAGCAAGGAGCUGCGUCAGAGGCAGAAGUGGCUCGUCAACUUUAGUGCCCAGGUGGCGUACCGUUUAUGUGAUUACAUAGCUAAAGGCCAAAAAGAAAUGUUGGUGUCCAACCGUCUCAGAAGCAUCGCCGAUGUGGUUCUGGAGAGAGUCGCUGAAAUUCUCGGUGAACCCAAACCAACGCGCACGAACCCUGGACGUCUCCCUCGGUUCAUGGUAGCUAUAUCCGACCGCAUCGCAGUGUGGAUCGAAAACGCUGUCUACCGCGCUGACGCCGCUGAAACCGAAUCAAGCAAGGGACCCGAUGAACAUAUGCGACUUGAUGCAGAAAAACCACUCAUUUGCUGAUCAAAAUAAAAUUCAAAUUUCUGUGAGCGGCUGGUUUUCCUGGUCGUCUGCGUGGCCCUGGCCGCCGCUUCACCUCAAUUCUUCGCCUGGCCAGGAUAUGCUGGCUAUGCUCCCGCUAGCAGGACUGUGGUUGCUGGUCCAACCGUGGUGAACGAAGCUCCUGCCCGCUACUUCGCUGGUUAUCCAUUCUUCUAAGCCGGCUCUCUCCCCCUCAACCCUCAACCCUAGCAACUUGCACUUUGUCACACUUUGGCCCAAACUACAUAUUCGUCUUUUGUAUAUAAACAUCUGUAACAUGUAUAUCUACACAAAUUAAAAGUAUCGUUUAUAGAAA